AGGAUGGCCAACUCUCGAAGCGCGUAACCCCACACUGACUAACCCUUGUGACCCGUUACCUCCACGAUCUCCACUCCAUAAGUUAUUAAUAUCGUUUUUCAUUUGCUGUACCUGUUUCUCAGUUGCUGUAAAACGAAUAUCAGUACUUUGGGCUUCGACUCGUCGGUCCACCUUACUAUUAUUAGUAUCUUGGCACUCUUCAACUUCAUCAUAUGUUGACGCUCCCACGCGACAAUGAUUCCGGUAAAUAGAUUUUUUUUGUAUCUUCAUCUAGGAGUAGUCAUCAGUCACUAUGAUGAAUAGGCUACUCAUAUUAUUUACUUCUCUUUUGGUCAUUUUAUCUUCCUAACUACGUCGAAAUCGAAUAGAUAAUCGUAGUACGUCGGUAUAUUGUUUUUGCUUCUUACUUGCGCAAGAAAAAGAAUCCACUUAGAUGAUUAUAGAGACUCAUGCUUAGUCAGUUUGUCUAGGAUGCUCGCAAUAGCAAAGCUCACUCAGAUGUAGUGGAUGUCAAGAAACAAAUAUGUCGUGUGCCUGCCCGUAAAUCUUGUACCUGUUUGUGGUGGUCGUAACCACUGGCAUGAUUGCGCGGACUCGUACUGGUGCAAAAGCCUGCUGUACUAGUAUUGGUGAGCACUGUGGAGGCUUGAUGCCAAUUCGUGCAUCACCGUCUUAUGAAGUACUGAGAAGCGUGAAAGCUGAAAACCUGGUUUCGACAAUGGCUACUCGUCGUUGACGAUCCCUCAUUUAUUGAUCUCCUCUAGCCUCAAGGUCCGCCAACAGCCGCGAAGGUCCGCCUCUCAGACUCAGCACAGUCUUCAGAUGAUGUGUUCCAUGGGAUCAAGAGAAGAGUCCUGAUUCUGGUUUUCAAAAACGAUGUGGUGGUUUUCAAAAACGGGUGGGGAGAACGAACAGCCUGUCGGUGGGAACGCCGAGGGGGGAAAUAACCUCCCGGACUCCAGACUAGCCAGCCAACCUGCCGCCAGUCGGGUCUUACCAGUGGGCUAUUAAGAAAGACGAAGCUUUUUCUCAAUAUCGUCAUACUUACUUACAUUGCUGAUCCCUUGAUGAAUUUGUAGGACGCGAUGGUCUAUCUUAAACUUAAUUUUUGAGUGCUGCGAAUCUAGAUUGGCUUCUUCCUUUUGAUAAGGUUGGGGUUUAGGUCCAGCGGCGCUCAAAGCACUGCAAUAAAACAACCCACCGGUGAGUUUUUACCUCUAAAGGCUUAGCCCUUCCAACGAAGUAAGUAGUAUCGGGGAAAAGUUCAAAGAGUUCUAAGUUUUUGACACGACUUACAUGCGACCGCCAGCGCGCGGCACGAAAGGACGAAUUACGGCGACCGACCGCAGCCGCUACUAUCUCCAUCAGAUGCUUGAUUCGAACCAGCGUUUUUUUGAUGAGGAUGCCACGGCUUCGAUAGAGAUGCAGGAUUACGACGACAAUGACCCGAAUCCUCAAGCUCCGCAGCAAGGCCACAAUCGCCGUGGACAUGAUAGAGACAACGAUUUGUUGGAUCGGUUUUUAGCAAGCGAGGGUGAUCAUUUCGCACACGAGCAAGGAGGCGUACUUCUCACGCCCCACAGUUACGAAGACAUAGUGACCUCAGCGAGCUGCCGCAGCGACACCUCAGGCAUCGUUUUGACAGAGAAGGACGACGCAGAUGCUGCGAAAACUAUGACCAAGGAAGUAGUAAAUACAACUAGAUUUUUUGUUGAAUAGGUUUAGGGGCAUAUUAAUUACUGGGUCUGCUCCUACAGCGAUCAUCUAGAAUUUCUAGGUGGAAAACAAAGGUUCGAAAAUUACAGUAUUAGUUCGCCAAUCAAUUAUAAUAUUCAAAAAAUCAGUCACAUCCCUCUAAGCUAGAAGGGCGGAAGCCUCCUGCUCGGGAUGUGUCAACGAAGAGCAUGGGUGGCGUGUCACACCCCCAGGGUAUGAAGCCGCGUGGUGGGGAGGGAGACGCCAAGCCAGUCUUCGUGGAUGAGAAGGGAGAUGUUAGCGCAGCCAAGAAACAUGGCAAUGUCUUUUAAGGCUACCGCUAAUCCAUCUUGAUAGGCAUCCCUCAACCGUAUGCGCCCCAAUACUUACAAGGGGAACGAAUACCCACGCAUACGCUUGAGGGAUUUCCACGGGGAUGAAUUCGGAAGAGGUCUAAGUCUUCUCACGUCUCGGGAACAGUCGAGAGAUUGCUGAACAAUUGGGAGAAGAUGACGAAGAAUUGGCAAGAAAGAUUGCCGAAAACGAAGGCGGGGCGAGACCUAGUAUACGUGAAUUUUUCAUCGGUGAAUUACUUAGUCGGUAGAAGUAAAUUGGUGAAUCACUUAGCCGGUAGAAGUUAACCUCUACCUCUUCAAGUAAAUUGUUGUAAGUGUAACUUCUGAGCAUAAAAGAUCAUAAAUUUUUAUACCCCACGCAUGAGGGUGACUGCAUACUACUACACCGACAAUAAUAUGCUAGAAACCAAACAAGGUAUGCGCAAGGGAGGAUAUGGUUUUCGGACUAAGACAUUGAUGGAUUUGGAGAAGGAGGUGACAUCAGAGAGGUACCGUGCCACGCGUGGGUCCUCCUCGAUGUUUGCGGAUACUGGAGCAGGUCGGAUGAUGGAAGAAGCGCUGCUGGGCCGAUCGAUGCAGCAAUUACGGCUUGUUCACAUAUAUUAGUCCAUCUACUUACUGCUUAUAAGUAUCUUGUUGAGAAGCUUAUUUUUUUUUUGUUCAAACAGUUCAAGUGGGUUUGUUUCUUUCAGAAGCCUCUUAUUUUCAAAAAUGACAUACUCUUUCUAAAAAUUUUAUGUUCUAAACCUACAGGCUACUCCUGCUACUUACAUUUAAAUUAUGUUCUAAAGUAAGGAGUGUUUAACGCUCUCGCACACGGUGGUGCCACACGGAGUGCCGCACGACCAGCUACGCCCGCAGAACUGCUGGUGAAAAAGAUCUACACGACCGAGCAGAUUGAUCCAGAGGGACCGCUAGGUAAGUGCUUGACGACAGGGGCAGCGUACAUGCCGACCCGCGAAGAGAUUACGGCUUCUACAACAACGAACUCAACUGGUUUCUAUCCCAAAUAAAUUUGAAUCUCUACGCAUUUUUACCUCAACUGGUUUCUAUCCUUUGGCAUCUAUUUAGAAUAAAUUUGAAUUUCCUUCUUUGGCGGGAUCUUCUUUUUCCGCUUGAAAGAUGAAAGGAAGGAUGUUCGAGAGCAUCCUCAGGAGCAGCAUGAUCCUAUAAUAUAGUUGGUGUCCUCCUUUUCUACUUGAAAAAGAAGCCAAGAAUGAAUGGUGACGGUCUACUCCUGAGGGAAGCCAAGAUGCGAACGUGGUACAACUCGCUAGAAGAAGUGAUGUAUUCUUUGUAAGGAAGACUUCAAGAGAAUACAUCACUUGUGUCUUGUUUUCCUUUACAACUAGCUGGUGUAGCCUCCUUACUUCAAGAGAAUACAUCACUUGUGUCUUGUUCUCCUUUACAACUAGCUGGUGUAGCCUCCUUACUUCAAGAGAAUACAUCACUUGUUCUCCUCUGUUCUGCUCUAAUAAGUGGAUGGAUGAACGCUUUGCCUGGUUUCGUUCCCGCUGGGCCUCCACCAACACCGUUGAGAUGGACCCUCUAUUGUCGUGGGAAGAUAAACUUCGGAUUGCCUUUCGUAACAUCCAACACUGGCUUGACAUCUUAAGGACACUUGUUUUUUAUACUAAAGAAGGGUCUAUUAAGGGCACUUGUUUUUACCCUAGAAGAAGGAGGGUAUAACAUCAAAAACAAAAACUUCAUCCUCAUACACUACAACAGGUGGGUAUUCUGAAACGUCUUCUAGGAACUGUCCUCCCAGCUCGUAGAGGAAAAGAACCGAAGAUGUCUUUGCGUGAGCUCUAAGAAUGUACUCCGACGUGGUUUUUACCGCUGUUCUCGUCGCAUCCUGGAGCUUAUUCCUGCAUGUCUACGACGUGGGGUUCAUUGGUAUUGGCCCAAUCGAGCCAAAUUUCUUCAUGGAGACACUGAAGCUUCCGCCAGCUCUGUUCGGUAUAUUUUCCGGUGUGAUUUUAUGGUUGUGAGUCUAAGUAUUUUAAAUAAGUACGGUAUAUUUUCCGGUGUGAUUUUAUGGUUGUGAAUCUAAACAUUUUAAAUAAGUACGGUAUAUUUUCCGGUGUGAUUUUAUGGUUGUGAGUCUAAGUAUUUUAUAUAAGUUCGGUAUAUUUUCCGGUGUGAUUUUAUGGUUGUAAAUCUAAGUAUUUUAGAUAAUUAGAUUACUGAGUUCUGAACCUGAAAGAAACAGGAAAAGUUCACUGCCAAUCACUGAUACUAGGCAUAUUUAUUUAUAGGCUUAAAAUAUUUGAUUAAUGAGUAGAAGUCUACGUGGUAAGAGUAGUAGCCUAAUAAAUAUUCAUUGUUGCAAUUGUUGGAAUGUAGCUUGUCCUCUUCUAUAUUCAUUGUUGCAAUUAUCUAGCUUCCCCUGCAUUUCUAACGUUCUCGUUCUUGCUCGUCAUUCGCGUAA